UGGUGAGUCCAGUUUGAGUUUUUUCUACUGAUCAGCAUGGUAGCCAUUUUGAACACAUUUCCAGAGGAUCACGCAAUCCAGUUCCAUCCUGCUUUCGUUUAACACCUUGGGAAUUGCCAUGUGUGUGGCACAGUUCCAGUGUCCAGAGGACAGCCAGUGUGUGGAUUACUACAAGGUGUGCGACCAACACCCGGACUGCCCUGAAGCAACGGACGAGAUGAACUGUACAGAUGCUGUGCAGUGCACAGAUAUGACCUAUGUGUGUGCCGAUGGAACAUGUCUGAAGAAACCAAACCCAGAGUGCGACUUUGUCACUGACUGCCCCGACGCAUCAGAUGAGAAACAGUGUGACUGCGGCCAGUUCUCCAGCCGUUACGUCGGGGGUACAAACGCCUCAGAAGGGGAGUGGCCGUGGCAGGUCAGCCUGCAGGUGCGAGGUACCCACAUCUGCGGGGGCACGCUGAUCUCCAGACAGUGGGUGGUGUCUGCUGCUCACUGUUUUGAUGACGACCGUCUGUUCUCCCCUUCAAUGUGGACGGUGUACCUGGGUAAACUCCUCCUGAACCGCAGCAGCCCCACUGAGGAGGUGGCUCGAGUUCAGAGGAUCCUCCUCCACCAAUACUACGAUGACGAGUCCCACGACUACGACCUGGCCCUGCUGAAGCUCGACAGGCUGGUGGUACAUGCUCGACCCGCCUGCCUGCCUCCGCCCACGCACCAGCUGGAGCCUGACCUGCUCUGCUGGGUGACUGGCUGGGGGUCCCUCCGUGAGGGAGGCCGUGCCAGUAAUGUGCUUCAGAAGGUGGAUGUUCGCCUGGUCAGCGAGGAAGCUUGUGUACGCUCCUAUGGCCAGCUUGUUACUCCCAGAAUGCUUUGCGCCGGUUAUCGCACUGGGGAGAAAGACGCCUGUCAGGGAGACUCUGGAGGUCCCUUAGUUUGCCAGGAGCCGUCAGGUCGUUGGUUCCUGGCAGGUGUGGUGAGCUGGGGCAGAGGCUGCGGGCGUCCGGACUACUAUGGUGUCUACACCCGCAUCACCAGGCUCACCGACUGGAUCAAGGUGGUCAUCAGCAGCCCCUGAGACACCUGGGAUGUUCUCCAUGUUCUUCUCCACCACCUGAAGCGAGGUGCUGAUGAAAACAUGAACAUGUGAG